UCAUCGUCAAGAAUGGCUGAAAAAAAGGAAUCAUCAGCUUCAUCGAAGAAAAGUGAGAGCAGUGGAAAUUCGAGUAGUGGAAGAGAAGAUUUGGAAGGAUCAGGCAAUACUGGAGUUGUCAUCAAACCGAGAAAGUCGAAGAAGAAGCAGAAAAAGGUUCCGAAAGUAUCACCUGCAUCACGAAAAGAAGACAUUCCUGGAUGUGCAACAGUCGAGAAAGUAUCCAUCAGAUCAGGAAGCGAGAUUUCUCAAUCGGAAUGGCUUGACAAUCUGGUUCCAGGAACUUUAGCCAAGCCACAAUCUCGAUGGGAAUCAAUUACUGGAUUUAUUGAUAACUACAAAUAUCCGAUUAUUUCCAGUGUUGUACUUGCUGGUGUUUUAACUUAUUUUAUUGUUAAAAAGGGAAAAGCUGGAGCAAAAUGCCCAUUCACUGGAAAGAAAGCUAAUUGAAGAACUAGACGAUUUUGAAAUGCUAUGAAGAGAAUAAAAUGUUUUAUUUG